CUCUGUGAAGCAAAAGCCUUUGUUUCGGCAAAAGGGAAAAAACGAAAAAGAAAAAUCAAGACAAGAAGUUUUUGUUCUCGGAGAUUUUUGUUACUGUUCUUCUCCAUGGAAGGCCCGAGUUCCGGGAAGCGGGUUCGAGAUGACUCGGACGAGUCCGGGUUGGAAUCGCCCGAGGUCAAGAGACUCAGAGAUGAUCUCCUCGACUUGCUCGAUGACACCGACCCGGCUCUUUCGAGUCAGGACCUCGACUCGGUCAUGAAGAGCUUGCAGGAGGAGAUAUCUGCCUCUUCAUCGCCUGCUCCGGCAGUCGAUCUGACGUCAGAUUCCGGCGACUCUCAGCCACAGAUUGGAUACCUUCUCGAAGCCUCCGACGACGAGCUCGGUCUCCCCCCGCCCGGUGAGUCGGUGAACCCGGAUGGGAAGGGCGAGUUGCCGACUGAGUUAAUCCCGGCAUUGUCGGACUCGUCUGGAAUCGCCGAGUUAUGGGAGUUUGAGAACCAGAUCCCGAGUUACGACUCGUUCGAUUUGGGAACUGGAGCUGAAUAUAACGGUAAUAGUGCUGAGUACUUGGCGUUUGACGGCCUGUUCGAUCACUCCGACGUGUAUUACGACUCGGCCGAGUUGGCGGAGUCGUGGCGCCACGAGACCUUACCAGCUCAGUAGAACGGAGAGGAAAGAGAAAGCACUUUUCCGUCGUACGAAUUUUAUUUCGUAUAGGACGAGACUUGUAAAUUUAUUCUCUCUAUUUUUUUUUUGUGCCUUUGUUUACGAAGGAAUUACACUAAGUUAUAUGUAGGGUUUAGGACGAAUGAAUGACGACGAGCUUUGACUGGGAAGAAUCCUCCUUUUUUAAAAUUAAUUUAAUUAAUGGCAAAAUUGUCAGCUA